AUGUCUGAUGAUCAGGGAACAGAUCUGAAUCUAAGUGAGUUAGUCGGAAACAUACUCGCUGCCUCCGAUGAUAAUAUUCCGUCGUUAGAAGACACACAAAGGCAUGAUGAGCAUCAAAAUGACAACGAUCAUAUUGGGGAAGAUGAUAUCUUGCCAGAUUUGCUACCUAUAUCUCAAAUACCUGAUGAUGAGCAUGCUCAAGACCAUUCUCUAGCUUCGAUGGUGUCGCAGGCUAUUAAUACUAUGAAUAACGAAACAGGUGAUCCCACUCAUGUCAAUGAAAGUCAUUCUGAUCUGCAAAGCAAAGAACAGGAAUGGGCGAAUAUACUACGUCAAGGUAUCCUUCAGGCAGAUGAAGAAAUACGAGAUCAACAUGUAGAAACUUAUGCGGAACCUGCGCAUCGACCAACCGAAGAUCAAGUAUUAGACCAGGAUGACGAAAACCUUCGGCUUGCUAUUUUAGACUCAUUACAACAUUUGGAUCAGGAGAAGAAGCCGAAGAAGCAUUCUAAGAAGGAGAAGAAAUCCAAAGAAAAGAAGAAGACCAGUAAGAAGGGCGAUAAGGAGAAAGAAAAGUCUAAGAAGAAAGAGAAAAAGUCCAAAGAAAAAAAGAGCUCUAGCAAUAAUGAUGUGCUCAAUUUUGAAGAUGUUAUUAAGGGCUUCAUGGAACAGACCGAAGCUGCACCAGCGGUAGCUAGCCAGGUGGAACCAAAUGCUCCUAUCGGUGAUGCUGAAACUCAGGCAUUAGUGGAAGCAACAUUGAAAGCGUUUGAAAAUCAGUUAAUCGGUGGCCCUUCAACUGCCAAGCCCAAAACAAGUUCAACCAGAAAACCACCCAAAACUACAAGCCACAAGUUUUCGAAGUCUUUACCACCUCCACUUCCGAUGCCGUUCUUUCCAAUCACUCAGAAGCGUAAGGUAAAAUCUAAAUCUACGGAAAAAGCUAAAGAAGGCCAGGAUAAGGAAUCUCAGGCAGCAGCAACUUCUCCAAAGAAGAAGAAAAAGGCCAGUAAAAAGAAGGAAAAGAAAAAAGAUGACUACAAUGAGGACGAGUUUUCCAAAGCUUUGGCAGAAAUGGUUAAUCAAGUGGUUAACACGUCAUUGAUGGAUAAUGCACAAACAGCCCAAGUGCCCACUACUGAAGAGACAAAAUUAGAAAAAACAUCCAAAAAGAAGAACAAGUCGAAGUCGAAAAGUAGAAGUGGUGAUGAUUACGCUCCAAAAGGUAAAAGUAAGGUGCCUAAAGAUACAAAAAAGAAAGGUACUUCGUCUUCAAAGAUUAAUCAAGAAAUCAAGGCAAUACCUCUUGAUCCAGAACUUGUGAAAGAAAGUGCAUCACAGGCAGCUGUAGCUCCAGAUGCCAAGGACACAACGGAUGUGUCCCAUUUAAGUACUAGUGAUGGAUUUGACCUACAUCAAAUCAUGCAAAAUGCCAUGUCGAUGGCAUUUCAAGAACAAGUACAAAAUCAACUACAUCCAUCGGUUAUGGAACGUUUCGACAAAGAACUUUCCGAAAGUCAAUUCUCAGAUGGCCUGUCCCGGAAAACCAUUGGAGAUAGAUCAGUUUUGAGAUCUCGCUUUGUUCCACCAAAGAAGAAAAAGAAGGAGAAGAAGAAAGGAGAGUUAAAGUUUAACAAUAUCCAUGGCGGACUUUCGAAUACCAAAUUCAGCGGAUCUAAUAAAACAAAUGUCGGCUCUAAAAUUGUUGUUUUCAAGCCUCAGAAAAUCAAACACGAACUAGUCAAUAAGGGUUUAUCAACAACAGAGGAACGUUUAAGAAGGAAAUAUAGUAAAAUAGCCAGAGAAUGUGCCAAGACUGCAAAGAGACUGACUACUGAACGGAAAAAGAAGCUAAAAGAAGAACAUAAAAUGGAGAAGGAUAGACUAAAAAAUCACAGGAAGCAGCUCAAGGAAGAACAAAAAAUCAACCGUGAACAAGAAAGGAAGGCGCUCGAAGAAAUAGUUUCAAAAGGUCCACCGUAUCCAAAAAACUUAUGCCUCACCAGUGCAGGUCGUCCGAAGAAGCCUUAUAGAUUUUACUCUGCGGAAGAAAUGAAGCAAAGGGAAUCAAUGACUGUCGAAGAGUUAGCCUCCUUCGAUGCUUUGAAUGAUACCAAACUAAGCGAGAAGCAGCAGAUCAAGAGUAUACCGCUCUAUAAACUCAAACAGUUGACUUUAUUUAAUCCAAACCUUCCUGAAUCAACCAACCGGUUGAAUGAUAUCAGGGGUUCUCUGGAGAAGGCUGGGAAGCGCACAGUUACUAAAAUGCCUGUACGAAAAGAAGCCAAGAGAAAACAAAAAUAUUUCUUCGAUCCUUCUGUCAAAACUGUGGUGCAUAGAGAGAAGAUUCCAUUCCACCCUCCUUGGCAAUUUCCAGUCAAUCCUCCGUUUGCUUUACCGGUUGCCAAAAGACCGAAAUCACAUAGUGUUGAGAAAAUGUCUAGACGUAAAAGAGCUAUCUAUCAGAGGACUUUACUCUCAAACACUUUACUACCUAUUUUACAGACAUUACGUGCGGCUGCAAAAGCGACAGCUUCAGUAGGAGUCGAUCCCGAAAAGAGCAAAGAACACUUACGUUCGAUGCUUCAGCAAGCCAGGCUGACCAUUGCUGAAACUCUACAAAAAGCUCGCUCUUCUUCAACAUCCUCGCUCACUGAUGGCAGCAAACCGAUCUUCCAAGAAGCCCGAGAAAAGGAAGUUUCUACGCCAACUUUGUCAAUUCCCAUCAUGAGAACAACAUCCAAAGUUAAGACUGAAGAGCCUAAAAUUCCGGCUUUUAACUCAGUCAGUGUCCAAGAAAAUAACAAAGCUCAAUCACUCAUACCUACUGAGCAAAGCUCAAUCAAGGAAAUUCCAUUAGCUGUUAGCAAAAAAAGAUCAUCUGACGAAACUUCCGAUGUCUCAGAUAUUAGACAAAACGUUUCACAAGUAAUUGACAAAUUGUCUACUCUAAUUCCGUCCUUAACUAAAGCCAAGGCUCUGCCCAUUCUUGUACCUUCAAAGAAGAAACAAAAAUCCAUAUUGAAUAUGGACGAGGUGAAAAUACCUUUAGCCAAAGCGAAGGGUCCUAACUUCUCAAAACCUACUUUGAAAUCGACUAUGAAUACCCCUAAAUCAGUAACAAUAAUCAAAACCGAAGAACCGGGCACUGACUCAUCAAUGUUUGACACUGAAACAGCUCCUGUCCUAGUUCAAGAUACAUCUCCCUCUAAGCGGGUUGAAGACGUAAAAGUCCCAAUCCAUCCGCCUGUUAUCCAAACCUCAAAGAAGACAACAGAGUUAUUCAAUAAGUAUCAUUUUGAUCUACCUUCGGUUGAUUCAGAUGGAAGACCCGUAAAAACAAUCCCAGUUAUGAAGAGGGUCAAACAAUACCUAAGUGCUGAGGAUGUUAAGAAAUUGAAGAAGGUCAAAGAGACAUAUAGAAAAAGAAAAUGGAGACUUGCCAAUGCUGAUAAGAACAAAGAUUUGGAACUUAGAACAAGAAUUAAAAUUGCGGCCCGUAAACAGUUCGGUGAGGAUGAAAGUGAAGCGAAACGAACUUGGAUUUCAACCGAAUAUGAAACUAGAAAGAUCAAGUUGGAACUGGAUCCAGAAAUUAAGUCAAGUGCUGCAGUUAUGGUGAGCGACAAGGAACUCUUAAACAUCAUAGCGGUAUCAUUAGAAAAGUUAGAAAUUGCAAGGUCCAUAGAACACGACAUCAUAGAAGAAGCAAAAAAUUACACUAAACCAAAAAAGAGGAAGCAACAAAAGAUUGAAAUUGACAAUGGUGUUAAUACUGCUGUUGAUAUCCUAAAAGAAAACAUGGCGAAGGAACAUGUACUACCUGCUUCGACAGUCACCCCAAUAUCCGAGACUCCUGAUGUGAAUAAGGCUGAUAGUGCUUCAACACCCAACGAAUCUGAAGACGGACGUAUAUCCGAGCAUAGUAUCGAUCCAAACCUAGCAGCAUCAACAAAACGUCCGAGAGAAGGACCUGUUACAGAUUCCGUCAUCACUGCAGAAAUCGGUCCCAAUUCCAAAAGAGCUUGUUAA